AGGUCCAAUGCUGAUCCGCCCCCUCCUCCGUCCAUGUGCCGGCAUGAGCCAGGCUGCCUGGCCGCCACUUCCCUGCUUCGCUUCUGCUUCAGAGAGGUUUUAGGGAAGGGGCUGUGUGCCUGGCUCAGCCCCAUGCGAUAACAGGGACCCGAGUACCAGCGGGGACCGGUGCAAGGCAAAGGACGGAGAAGGCAGCCAAGGAUGCAGAGAUGUUCAAGCUGUGCCAUGAUGCUGCCCGCAGCGCUCGCCUGCCCGCGCAUCAUCCUCUCUCCAUCACCCCCUGCCACCCGCUCUGCCGCCUCCGAGGCCAUCGGAUGUUGCCCAUGACUGCUUGCCCUGCACCGAAGGGGCAGGGAAGGUGAGGGGGAUCCCUCCAGCCAUCAGCUGGUGUGGAAAUCCACAGGGGAAACAGGAUGUGGAAGGGAAAUGUUUGUCUCUGAGAAAAAGUAUUACAUUUUUCAUCUCCACAGCUGCAAACCAGCUUGUAAAUCACCCAACUCCAGGACUGUCAGAGCUCCCAUAUGAAAUCCCAGGCGGAGAGGAGAGAUUCCUGCUGGGUGUUUACUCCGGCGUCACCCGCCAGCAGCCUGGGAUGGGGAGGGGGGGAUGGAGGGCGGGCAAAGUUCGGCUCCUAUAAAGUCAGGUCUGGUCCACUUCAUUCAUUCCCCUGGCAGCAUUGCUGGGAGCUGCACGUCCAGCCUUUGCACAAGAGGUUUUGCAGAUAAAUCCCCCCGGACCACCAGCUGCCUGCGCGAUGCCGAGGGCACUGCGGGACGUGGGGGCUGCCCUCACCUGCCUCCAGCUCCUGCUGCUUCUUGUCGGUGUGGAGCUGAGGCCCCACGUGUGGGAUGAGGACAGGUUCCAGCUGGAAGCCAUCAAAAAGGGGAUCCUGGAGCGGUUGGGGAUGUCCGCUCCCCCCGUGGUCCGGCACCGGCUGGACCGGGAGAGCAUCCGGAGAGCGCAGCGGCUGUACCAGCAGAAAGUGGCUGAGCUGAUGUGGAACCAGAGCCGGGAGGAAGAGGGAGCCGUGCCCGGGACCAGGCGCCUGCAUCGCCUGACUCCCACGCUGCUGCGUCGGCCGGACAUCCCCCGGGAACACCAAGACCCCCAGGGAGACCAGGACCCCCAGGGAGACCAGGACCCCCGUGGCCCCUACUGCUACCAUCUCAUCCUCUCCCGCACUGAGGCUUUCCACCGGCAGCUCCGGGUGGUGCAGGCAGAGCUGAAGCUCUUCAAGCAGUCGCUGGCAUCCCCUGGCAUGUCCCCACUCAACACCUCGGUGCACCCCCGUGUCAGCAUCUACAUGCUGGGGGGGUCUCAUGGGACCCCCCAGCUCCUGCAUAGCCAAGAGCUGGACCGCCACGCCCCAAGCCUGGACCUCACAGCGGCCAUCCAGCCCUGGGCUGCUGGCCCCGAGGACACGCUGCACCUGGAGCUGGCCUUCACAGCUGACGUCUCAACCUUGCUGACCACCUCGGGGAGCGAGACCCUGGUGCUGGAGGUGGAAACCCACGAGACCACAGGACGGGGGGCCAGGAGAGCCCGGGGGCUGGAGGAGGAGUGCAGGAAGAGCGAUGGGAAGUGUUGCCUGAAGUCGCUCAAGGUCUCCUUCCAGGACAUCGGCUGGUCAGACUGGGUCAUCGCCCCCAACAGCUACUAUAUGAAGUUCUGCGAAGGUUCCUGUCCCCACAACUACAAGCCGGCCAGCAUGCAUGCCCAGAUCAAAGCCCGCAUGCACUCCCUCUCCAAAGCCACCCCGCCGCCCUGCUGCGUCCCCGCCAGCUACGACCCCAUGGUGCUGAUGCACUACGACAGCGAGGGCAGGUUGGUCUCCACCCUCUUUGAGGACAUGCUGGUCACCAGGUGCCACUGUGCCUGAUGGCAUCACCUCUGGCUUGGACUGGGACCUGUCACCGCCUAGAUGGGGCAGAGCCUGCCUGCUUCCCGGCAGCUCCGGCAUCCCAAAACCCCAGACCCCCGUAGCCCAAAAUGCCUCCACGUCAGACCUGGCUCCACCGUCCUGCUCAGCUGCAGGGUCUUCAGUUGUGACCCUGCCUCCAGAGGCCACAAUAACUUAUUCCCCCCUCUCUUCCCUUAUUUAAAACCAUAUUUUAUUUGGUAGGUGCAUCCUUCCCAUCUGAGAGAGCCCAAAUGGGCCGGGGUGGGUCUGUCCCUGGGUGGCCGCAGCCCACCUCACGUCUGAGCAUCAUCUCUUCUCUGCUUAGAGACAUAUUUAUACAUCCCUCUUAUUUAUUGCUAACUUAUUGUAUUUUAUAGCGAAAUACCUUUUGGGGAAAGUUUUUUUUUGUGUGUAUUUGUAUUUUAUAUAUUUCUAUAAAACAGAAAUAAUGUAAUAAUGUAAAUUAAUAAAGCGAUGGGAACAGGGA